CGGGCCGUGCGCCUGCGCGGGGGCCGAGAGCCGCGCGCGGCGGAGCCCCGCUCCCCCCCCGCUCCCCCCCCCCCCCCCCCGCCUCCCUUCCCUCCCCGCACCCACCACCCAGCCGGAGCGCCCGCCGCCGCCGGAGCCGGAGCGGGACCCCGGCACCUCGGCACCCCGGCCUGAGGCAGCCGGUGACCGAGGGCUCUCCCGCCUGGCUGCCCGUCGCUGCCCGCUCGUCCCUCGCGAUGGCAACACCGGAUGUCAGCGUUCACAUGGAGGAGGUGGUGGUGGUGACGACGCCUGACGGCGCGGCGGAUGGAGGCGGUGUGGAGGAGGUGAAAACGGUGCUGGUCACCACCAACCUGUCUCAGCACGGUGACAUAAAUGAAGACACACUGGAGACCGAAAAUGCAGCUGCUGCAGCUGCUGCUGCCUUUACAGCCUCCACACAUCUGAAGGAAGCGGUCCUAGUGAAGAUGGCUGAAGAUGAGGACAGUUUGGAGGCAGAGAUUGUCUACCCCAUCACCUGCGGGGACAGCAAAGCCAACCUCAUCUGGAGAAAGUUUGUGUGCCCUGGGAUCAAUGUGAAGUGUGUGCAGUUUGAUGAUCACCUAAUUAGUCCUAAGGAGUUUGUCCACUUGGCGGGCAAGUCGACCCUGAAGGACUGGAAGCGGGCGAUCCGGAUGAACGGGAUCAUGCUCCGGAAGAUCAUGGACUCAGGAGAACUGGAUUUCUACCAGCACACAAAGGUCUGUUCCAACACCUGUCGGAGCACCAAAAUCGACCUGACGGGAGCCAGGGUGUCCUUGACCAGCCAGACAUCGACAGAAUACAUCCCUCUCACUCCUGCUUCUGCAGAUGUGAAUGGAUCCCCGGCUACAAUUACCAUAGAAACAUGCGAGGAUGCCAGCGAUUGGAGCACCAGCAUUGGAGAUGACACCUUUGCUUUCUGGCGAGGCCUGAAGGACACAGGUGUCCUGGAAGAAGUAAUCCAUGAGUUCCAACAGGAGCUAGUGGAGACCAUGAAGGGCUUGCAGCAACGAGCGCAGGAUCCCCCGCUGCAGCUUGGUGAUGCUGUUUUACUCAACAACAUAGUCCAGAACUUCGGUAUGCUAGAUCUGGUCAAGAAGGUCCUGGCCAGCCACAAGUGUCAGAUGGAUCGCUCGAGGGAGCAGUACACGCGAGAUUUGGCAGCUCUGGAGCAGCAGUGUGAUGAGCACCGCAAGCGAGCGAAGGAGCUGAAGCACAAGUCACAGCAUCUCAACAACGUCCUGAUGACCCUCACACCAGUCUCCGUCCCCACGCCUUUAAAACGUCCCAGGCUGACCAGGGCCACCUCUGGUCCAGCAGCCAUCACCUCCCAAGUCCUGUCCCAGCCGGCGCAGCUUGCCGUCACCCCCAGCGUGCCCGUCUCCCAGCUUGCCAGCCUGCCUCUUGGCAAAGUGGUCUCAGCCCUCCCCACCUCGGUGCUGGGGAAGAGCCCGUCCCAGCCUCCCACCGCCAGCUCCCCAGCCUCCCCCCUGCUGGGAGGGUACACGGUACUGGCCUCCGCCGGGUCUACCUUCCCCGGUACGGUGGAGAUCCACCCGGACGCUUCCAACCUGACUGUGCUGAGCACGGCCGCGGCCCAGGACGGCAGCACGGUCGUGAAGGUGGUCAGCCCCUUCCAGCUGCUGACGCUGCCAGGACUCGGCACCACCAUCCAGAACGUGACACAAAUGGCUCCUGGCGGGAGCACAGUUGUGACCGUCCCAUCCGGUGCCACCGAGGCCCCCGGGGACGAGCACGCCGCCGCCAUCGAGGUGACUGCAGUGGCUGACGAGGCGGAGCAGAAGUGA